AUGCCUAAAGCAGCUGUGCAGAACGCUAUAGGCCGUAAAGAAAUUAGCCUUUUGAUAUGGGAGAGGAUAGAAUUGGCUGUGCUCAUCACUAAACUAAUUUUGGGGCUGACCAUGUAUGAAAAUGUAGGUCUCGCUGGGCCGGACGCGAGGCGCCCGCCGCGUUGCUCGCUGGGAAGUGUAGUUUGGCGGGCCGCCGCGGUGCCCGCUGGGAAAUGUAGUCGGGCGGGCGGUGGGGGUGGCGACGCCGCGCGCGCGCGCUGCCCGCUGGGAAAUGUAGUCGGGCGUCGUGACGUCACGCGCUCUUUUUACGACGUCGCGGGCGCGCUUUCCGGCCCCGUGACGUGGACGGCCCCAGCGAUGGCUGAGGGGGAAGGAGCGGCGCCAUCGUCGUCGUCGCCGCUGUCGUUGUCGUCGUCCUCCUCCUCAGCGCCGCCGCCGCCAUCGCUGCUGUCGUCGUUGUCGCCGCCGCCGGCGGAGGGUCCGAGCGGCGACAGCUGGGAAAAAGAUCUGGGAGAAGCUCUAGAAGCAGGAGGAUGUGACCUUGAAACUCUGAGAAGCAUAAUUCAAGGGCGACCAGUACCUGCUGACCUCAGGGCAAAGGUUUGGAAGAUUGCUCUAAAUGUUGCGGGGAAAGGUGACAGUUUAGCCUCUUGGGAUGGUAAUUUAGAUUUACCUGAACAGAUCACAAUUCACAAGGAUUGUCAAGAACUCAUUGACCAGCUUUCAGUGCCAGAGGAGAAGACAUCAGUAUUACUUUUAGAUAUUGAAUCCGUUAUUACUUUUUAUUGUAAAUCGCGUAAUGUUAAAUAUAGUACCUGCCUUGGCUGGAUACAUCUGCUCAAGCCACUGGUGAAUCUUCAUCUUCCUCGCUGUGAUUUAUACAACUGCUUUUAUGCCAUCAUGAAUAAGUACAUUCCCAGGGAUUGUUUCCUGAAAGGGAGACCAUUUCAUCUCUUUCGAUUGCUCAUCCAGUACCAUGAGCCUGAACUAUGCUCCUUUCUUGAUACAAAGAAGAUGACUCCAGACUCCUAUGCACUCAACUGGCUUGGAAGCCUUUUUGCAUGUUACUGCUCAGUUGAAGUCACUCAGGCAAUAUGGGAUGGAUACCUACAGCAAGCAGAUCCAUUCUUUAUUUAUUUUCUCAUGUUAAUCAUCCUUGUAAAUGCAAAAGAAGUUAUUUUAGCCCAAGAGUCAGACAGCAAAGAAGAAGUCAUUGAGUUCUUGGAAAAUACCCCAUCCAGUUUGGAUCUAGAAGACAUAGAGGAUCUUUUCUCUCUGGCACAGUAUUAUUACAGCAAAACUCCAGCUUCUUUUAGAAAGGAUAACCUCAGUCUCUUUGGCAGCAGCUUGUUGGGAAUCAAGGAUGAAGAUUCAGAUGUCAGUCAGGCCCUUUGUCUGGCCAUUUCAGUAGCUGAGAUUCUUCAAGCAAAUCAGCAGCAGGGGCUAGGAGUGCGGUUCUUUGUGGUGGAUUGUCGUCCCGCAGAACAGUAUAACGCUGGACAUUUAUCAACAGCUUUUCACUUGGACUCAGACCUGAUGCUUCAGAAUCCAUCAGAGUUUGCCCAGUCUGUAAAAUCCCUGUUAGAGGCUCAGAAACAGUCUAUUGAAUCGGGUUCUGUUGCUGGUGGGGAACACCUGUGCUUCAUGGGAAGUGGCAGGGAAGAAGAAGACAUGUAUAUGAACAUGGUCCUCGCACACUUUUUGCAGAAAAACAAAGAAUACGUCAGCAUUGCCAGUGGAGGAUUUAUGGCACUUCAGCAGCAUUUAGCAGACAUCAAUGUGGAUGGACCGGAAAAUGGAUAUGGCCACUGGAUUGCUAGUACCUCAGGGUCAAGGAGCAGCAUAAACUCAUCUUUUGAUGGCGAUUCUCCUAACGGCUCUGCCGAAGGGAAAGGAAUGAAGUCUCUGGUCAACAAAAUGACCGUGGCUUUGAAGACAAAAUCCGUCAAUGUGAAAGAGAAGGUUAUCAGCUUCAUUGAAAAUACAUCUACUCCCGUGGACAGAAUGUCUUUCAAUCUUCCUUGGCCAGACAGAACAAGCACAGAGCGGCACGUGAGCAGCAGCGAUCGCGUGGGCAAGCCCUACCGGGGGGUGAAACCUGUGUUUAGUAUUGGGGACGAAGAGGAAUACGACACAGAUGAAAUCGACAGCUCCUCAAUAUCAGAUGACGACCGAAAAGAAGUUGUGAACAUUCAGACUUGGAUCAACAAGCCAGACGUCAAGCAUCAUUUUCCUUGCAAUGAAGUGAAAGAAAAUGGGCACAUGUUUCCGAGUCACCUUUUGGUAACCGCCACCCACAUGUACUGUUUGCGGGAGAUCCCGUCGCGGAAGGGGUUGGCCUACAUUCAGUCUCGUCAGGCACUGAACUCCGUAGUAAAAAUCACAUCGAAGAAGAAGCACCCCGAGCUCAUCACUUUCAAGUACGGAAACAGCAGUGCUGCCGGCAUAGAAAUCCUGGCAGUUGAAAGGUAUUUGAUCCCAGAUGCCGGGGAUGCUACCAAAGCCAUAAAGCAACAGAUCAUGAAGGUGCUGGAUGCCUUGGAGAGUUAAUAACUAAAGACUGGAACAACUGGAGAAGGUUGAGAUGACCCCCUUCCCCUCCUCUCCCCCCGAGGGAGAUGUGGACACACCUGUCUUGACAAUACUAACCCAUCGUGACUGUGCUUGAACAACAGGCUUUUUUGAGAGGUUAAAUGAUUCAAGUCCAUUUCUGGAUCGUUCUUUUUAAAUUUUGUAUUUCCUUUGCGUUUUCAGUCGUGUACAAGUGACAUACUGGUGUUAUAAAGAUCAGUUUUAAGUGGCUUUAGGGUAACCAACCUGUACCCUAGCGGGAACUGGAAGGCAGAAUACAAGUUCAGUUUGAGUGGUUAAGUGAUCGUGCGGCACUUUCAGAUAUAUGUGUGUGCGUGUGUGCGCGGGCACACCAUCUGAGCUCAUAGUUCAACUGUGAGCCAUCGGAAGAAACGUUUUCAGAGUCUUUAUUGCCAGGACAUCUGGUUUUACCCAUUGAGAAGUAUCAGAUUGAAAACAUGACUCGGCUGAGUAAAAGACUUACCGUACUUUGUUCUUAAAAGGGUUGGAGUCCAAGUGGCCAACAACUGAUCGUGGAGACUCCAGCUGUCAUUAAUGCAGCCACAGUGAGAAACCACAAGCCGUUUGUCUUUUCUGUGCCACCUGAGUGCUUCCCCGUACAGGAGCGGGGACAGAUGGAGGCUUUUGAAAUACUCAAUACCGAGUUCCUGCGGGGCAAUUACAUGUUAUACAUGUUUAGUAGCUUGAAAGCCUGUAACGAGUAGGUGAGCAUAUGGGACGCUCAGUCGAGGCCUCGAGGGGCGACGGCGGCGCGUGGGAGUCUUCGCUUACCAUUUAUAUGGGAUGUGCUGAAACGCAAUAUGUAGAGAUCAUGUCAUUCGAGGCCGCGGUUCUGCGACGAGACUGAUGGUACCUUUUUUUAAGUGAAAGUCGAGGAAUGUGAGUGCUGCACCGUGACCUUGCCGGCCCUUUUAUGAGUUCUGUGUGUCGCGUGCUUGUUCCUUUUGAAAGCUCAAGCGGUUUUGGGUUGUUGUUUUUUGUUUUUCUGUAGAAAAGCCAUCGUCCCCCAUGUCGCCACAAAAUCGAAAAGAGACCGGCCGCGUCUCACAGCUCUUGGUUUUAGCCCCGCUGGAGAAGAGGGAGCCCGAAAUUACGGUUUAGGCCUCGGCUUCUCUGGGUCGAAGCCAGGCUGUAGUUCCGGAGGCCGCGGCCUGAAACCGAUGUACUUUACGGGAUGGGGUGGAAAUAGCUACAGUGAUCUUUAUACCGGUUAGCUCCUAAGUUAUUUUGGUAGGAAUCGAGUGAUGACGAAGCACCUUAAUCCCGGGAACGAUUUCCUUUUCCUAGGUAACUCAAAACCGACGGACUGGGAAGGUAGAGGACAUUGGUCCGCGAGCCGGGGCCCGGCCCCGCCGGGGGCUUUUUCGUUUUCUUUUUCCGACCGCUGCUGUAAAUCCGUCCGUGUCCCCGUUUAUAAAGGACCGUGUAAAGAAA